AUGUCUACCAGUGCGGCUGUCUGCGUCUCGAUACUCCUAGUUUUUUUGCCUGGCGUCAGCGCACAACACCAGGUGGGAUUUAAUGCACAAUCAAACGUUCCUGCUCAAAUCUUCGUACAGGAGGACGUACGAAACAGCUUGGAGUUUGCUGCCAGAGCAGCAGAUAAAGCAACUGGCGACGACUACGCCAGAUGGUUCAACACUUUCAAGACUACGCUUUUAAAUAUACACUGGUUUAGCCAACAGGAUGGGCUAGAACAGGAGGUCCAGGGACUAGUCUUUGACUCUUUGGACUUGACCGGUUCAGAGCGCGAUCUGCUCAUCCGUGCUUUGAACGCCCUCCAGCAGAAAGCAGAAAACGAACAAGCACUAAAUCUGUUCAACCAGAGUGCUCUUGAUGAAGUCAGUCAAGAUGCAAUUUCCCGUUUGCUUUUUAUCGGAGGGGGGAGUUACCAUGGCAAAUUUCAGCUUGCCGUUUGCUCGGAGAAGAACGGCGCCGUUGCUGUCUCUACUUCCUACAUCCACUUCAACGUCGAUGGGGCACAAUACAGCAGCGUUCUCUAUGCAGAUGGCAAGGUGGAAACGAAGACUACACUCUCGACCCACGUGCUUGGUUUGAACAGUGAACUAUACAGCAAAGUUCGCGAUUCGAUUAAGAAAAGGACUUGA